GUCGCGCAUGCGCACUCGGGAAGAAUACGGAGGAUGCUGCGGAGGAAGCCGACCCGGCUGGAGCUGAAGCUGGACGACAUCGAGGAGUUCGAGGGGGUGCGCAAGGAGCUGGAGGCAGGCAUGCAGAAAAAGCAACGGGAAGAGGUCGACAUGGUGGGAACCAAUGACGGCGAAGGGGCCCUGGCCUUGAACCCCGAUCACAAGAACUGGGAGCAGGUGAUUCACGAUCGGAUCGGCUACAAACCUCAGCCCAAACCCAGCAACCGUUCAUCACAGUUUGGAAACUUUGAAUUCUAGAAUGCCGGGAUGGAUCUUAAUUUCAAGUGAAGCAUGCUUAGGAGAGAUUAGGAGAAGCUGAUUUACAAUGAGGGCAGAUGGAACCCAUAAGGAUUUUAUCCUUCUGGAAGAUAAAAGACUUUUCUGUUCUCUAAAGAAUGAGGUUGGGUGCUUUUUCCCCCCCACUUGAAGACUGCCUUCAGACAACCUGUUGCCCUGGAUAUCUUUACCAACCUCCCAUUUUGCAACCAGAGGCCUUACAGCAACACUGACAGAACUGCUGUGGCAUAACCUCUGUGUGCAAAUAUUUCCAGACGUGACUAUUGGGGAAAUGUUGCAUGGUGUAGCCGUCCUCAAUGCGAGGGAAGGGUUUAUUUCUCGUAUUGAGGAGGUGGGGGCAGACCCACCUCCCUCCAAUCAUUUUAACAAGGAUGAACUCGCAGGCUCGCCUUUUCCUAGAAGUGGUUUUGCUGUCGACGUUACCUUAUUUUCCUCCUCACGCAUUUUACCCCUUGUAACAUUGAACAUAUUAAAUUUCGACUUAUGGUUGAG